AUGCUAAGUAUAGUAGAAAGCCUCCUCAUUUUUAUAUCAGUUAGUCAGUCAAUAUUGGGGUUUUUAGGAAAUGGAUUUAUUGGACUUGUAACCUGCAUUGACUGUGUGAAAAACAAGAACAUCUCUAUGAUCAGCUUUAUUCUCACUGGCUUAGCUACUUCAAGAAUUUGUCUGAUAUGGUUAAUAAUUAUAGAUGGAUUUAUAAAGAUAUUCUUUCCAGAUUUAUAUAUUUCUGGUAAACUAACUGAAUACAUUAGUUACUCAUGGGUAAUUGUCAAUCAUUCAAGUAUCUGGUUUGCCACCAGCCUCAGCAUCUUCUAUUUCCUGAAGAUAGCAAAUUUUUCCCACCACAUUUUUCUUUGGUUGAAGGGUAAAAUCAAUAGGGUUCUUCUCAUUCUGAUGGGAUACUUGUUUAUUUCAUGGUUAUUUACUUUUCCACAAGUUGUGAAGAUUAUUAGUGACAGUAAAAAGAAGAAUGGAAGUUCAUUCUGGCCACUCAACAUGCAUAAACUUGAAUACUUUAUGAGCCAGUUUUUGCUCAAUCUGGGUGUCAUUCUCCUCUUUAUGCUAUGCAUGAUUACAUGUUUCUUAUUGAUCAUUUCUCUUUGGAGGCACAACAGGCAGAUGCAAUCGAAUGCCACUGGAUUCAGAGACCCCAGCACAGAAGCACAUAUUAAAGCAAUGAAAAUUGUGAUAUCUUUUAUCAUCCUCUUUAUCUUGUAUUUUAUAGGCGUUGCCAUAGAAAUAUCAUGUGGUACUCAGCCAGAAAACAAACUGCUGUUUAUUUUUGGUAUGAUAACCACAGCCAUUUUUCCUUGGGGUCACUCAUUUAUCCUAAUUCUAGGAAACAAGAAGCUAAAGCAAGCCUCUUUGAAGGUACUGAAGCAAUUAAAGUGCUGGGGAAAAGAGAAACUUCUCAGAACUCCAUGAUUAUCUUGGUGAGAAAUGGGUGGUCCAAGAAAACAAUUCAGUAAAGAAAUCCCUGAAGACCUCUUUCACUUGCAUUCUUUCUCGCAUUGGUUUUAACUGUUAUUGAACAUCACUAAAAUCUUCCAUAAUG